GACCACGUUCUGAGCAACCUCAACGUGAUCCGCAUGGACCUACAACGUCUUCUCCGACGACGCCCCAACCUCCUCCGACGGCACCCACACCUUCGUCGAGACGGCGCAGACGGCGCCGAGGUGGCGGAGGACCUGACGAUGAUCCUCCUGGCAGCAGCCCUGGCGGAUCAGACCGCCCUCCUUCGGAGCGUGCACCUUCAGAGCCUACACCCUCGGAGCCUGUUGCACGAGCUCUAA